AUGGGAACGAUUCGGAUGAGGGAGAUUAUACCGCCCGAUUGGGGCGCGGGCCCUGGCGCGAGGGGGGUGGCAAUUGUCCCGCGGACAGCAGGAUGGAGAGAGGGAGAAGCAGGACCGAGUGAUUAUGCUCGGAGAGCAUGGGUAGCUGGCAAGCGGAGUAGGGAGAGGGAAAUAUGGGAAGGGGAUCUGGAGGAAGAGGAGGAACAAGGUGUGUGGUCGGGCGGUAAAGGAGAAUUACGACGAACGACACCACGGGCUCGUCGGCCCUCGCGUCGAUCCUCAAUAUCGUCAACCUCGACCUCCUCUUCAUCUCUCAACGAAGAAGAGGAUGCGGACAUACCGCCCAGACCGAUAUCGGAUCAAAGCGGAUACGGGGAUCGACCAAUAACAAUACCUAAAUCCCGCACCCGCAAUUGUCCAUCACCGACCUCCCUCCUUCCCCUCUUCUUCCUUCCCCUUCUACCCGUCGCCCUCGCCGCACCUCCUGUCUACACUCGACCUCCCUCAUCCGCCCUAUCCCGACCGACCCUACUUCCCCGCCCCACACCCAAGCGGAACCAUCUCGUCCCUCCCCCAGAUCGGCGCGAGGUGCAAUACAUCACAUCUGCGGCACCGCCGACGUCCCUACCAACUGAGCUCGUCUCGGUGGAUGAGACGCUGUUGCCGUAUAUCGUAUCCAGAGGGCCGGAUGGGCUGUAUACCAAGGUCAAUGACGGGUGGAAAUUAUAUGGUCGGCAGUCGGGGGAUAUGCCUAUCUUUGCGCCGGAUGAGCCUUCCACUACUCAGACUUGGGCGAUCGAGGAGGCAUUACCACCUGGAUGGGGUGUGCAGUCAACCCGAACAGAUUUCUACCGCGUACCACUCAUCGUCAUUGCAUCUUGUAUCAUCUCCGUCGGCAUAGUCGUCUCGAUCAUUAUUAUCGCCUUCAAGCGGAAGAAGGCACAUCGUCGAGCCAAACGUCGCGCAGAACGCCAACGCCGUAAAGCCCUCGCCGCCGCCGGACUCUCCGAGGAAGGCGUCAAUGAUAGUCGGAACGAAGCGAACCUCCGUGAAAAGCUAGACGACCUGCAGCGGCAGCAUCGCGCCAAGCGCAAAAGCGAGUCGGGGGUGGUUUCGUCCCCUUCUGCUCGAAGCAAGGUCCGGAGCUGGCGGGCUGGGAUGCUACGGCGGAGAAAGGGCAAGGGUGGAGGUGAUGGGGAUGAUGCUGGCGGUGGUGGCGCUGAGGGGAUGAUUGAGGAAAAGGAUGAGGGGGAUCUGGGACCGGUCGUACAGCGCGGAAGCGACGAGACGGAUCGGAGCACACCGACUGUUCCGUCUCAGGAGGGAGAUCAGUCCGGAUCAGAUGGGCUCGGGAGUAGGGGAAAUACCAUCUCGAGCGACGAGACGUCGGCGGUCUCGAAUCUGCCUGCGGUAUCAGAGACGGCGGAUCCCAACGCGCCAUCUACAGAUCCGGCUCAGACCACUUCUGGGGCUGGGACGACAACCACCCCAUACUUCCCUCCCGCAUACAGACCCGCCUCUGUUCGUUCCCUCGUCAUCGCCACUUCCGGUCCCAGCGCAGGCUCAUCCUCCCGUGCCCCAGCCUCAUCUCCACCUCCACUUCUUCCCGCCACCGAAAAGGUCCACGCACCAGGCUACUACCCCGCCCCAGCUACUGCCGAAGGCGAAGCUGCCCUCGCCGUCGCUUCUCGCGCAGACGGGAAAGCACGUAUGCCCGCCCCUCCUCCCGACUCCGAGGAUGAGGAGCAUACAGGCCAUGUCGCUACCGACGAUAAGCGCGUCCUGGAGCGGUUGAGGAUGGCGGGUACAGCGCCUCCUGCUCUCGGCGAAGAAGAAGGGGAAAGCGGGCCAAGCGCGCCGGGCGUAGAGGUGGAUCAGGAUGGGUUUGAGCGGAUGCCCGCCUUGCACCUGCAGGCGCCAGAGGAUGAGGCGGUCGGACAGUCAUCAUAUGUCCUGGCGUCAGCUAUCGAUCCGGCUCGUCAUCAUCCGGCAUUACCCGCCCCACCCGCCCUACGUCCCUCGUUUGGGAGGUCCUACUCUGUCGAACGGGAGGUCAGAGAGCAGCUGGAUGAGCUCAAUCUCUUACCCUCCGCUCCUCCCGGAUCGCACGGCCAGGCGAUGGGCAGUGCGCCGGUACUAGCUCACGCGGAAGAAGAGGUCGCGGCACCCUCGGCACCGCCUAUGUUGGAUGAUGGAGAGGAGGAUCUUGAGGACCACGAGGCGGAGAGACCGGGAGCCGGAGUGUCAGCGUCAGCGCCGCCAUUACCGCAGGACGGAGAGGAGGAGAGGGAGGAGGAGAUUCUACAAGCGGACGUGGCGGCGGGUGCGGAGCAGGAUGGACCGAGUGGGGCAGCGGGGCAAGCUGGGGAGGAGGAAGCAGGGAGGAGACCCAGCGAGGCGCCUAGCGAGCCUAGGGUGUUUUUGCCGAGAUAUGAGCCGUAA